AAGCGCUAUACAAAUAACCAUUAUUAUUAUCACUGACCGAUUUUAAAAGAAUCUGUUUCCAGGAUGAACAGUUAUUUCCCUUAGGUAAACACUCAACUUCCGGUUCAAAGAAGAGAAAGUGAAGUCAGCGGCGGUCAGCUUUUAUGAUCAGCUGCAAUGUAACCAUGGCUGCCGACUUGGAAGAUGUGUCCAAUUCUAACACAGGUUACUUGAAAGAAACAGAAGAUUUGGAAGAUGAUGAACCAGAGGGAGUAAAGGAUUUUUUAAAGAAAAAAUACAAACAAGUUAAAAAAGCAUUUAGAAGGUCAGGUAAAAAAGAAAGACCACUCAAUAUGGCAACUACAGAUGAUAAGGAAGAUGGGUCAAGGACUGAAGUAUCACCAAUAGUAGAAGAUCCUGAUGAAUACAAUUUCUCACACAGCAGAAGAGGCCUUGCACUCAUUAUUGACAAUGAGAACUUUACUUCUGCAUCUAGACUGCCAAGUCGCCAAGGUUCUGAUAAAGAUUUGACAUCCCUAGGAGACAUGUUUAAUAGGUUGGGGUUUGAAGUGGAGGGCUACAAGGAUCUCAAAGGCGAAGACAUGUGGAAGGUUCUGACUGAAGCGGCAGGCUGGAAAUGGCACAAAGACUCUGACUGUCUGGCUGUGGCCAUUUUAUCUCAUGGAGGUGAAAUGAAAUGGCCACAGCUUUGGAACCACCGGAAAGAGAUUUUACGGCAGGAUUUUAUUUUUGGAGUAGAUGGACAGUAUUUACUGACAUCCUCAAUAAUGGAUUGCUUCAAUGAUGAUAACUGCCCAGCUUUAAAAGGGAAGCCACGUCUGUUUUUUCUGCAGGCCUGCCGUGGGGAGAAUGUAGACCCUGGUCAGGACAUUGCUGUUGUGUCAGAUAAGCCUGAAGGCCUUCAUAUGGGCCUUAACACUCCACAUGGGACAUAUGGAGCUAAUGGAUCAGUUAGUGGAGACACCAUUGAACAAAGUGAGGCAGAUACCAGACCUACACAGGGGCAGAUCACUCACGACACAGGUAGUGGGGAUGCAGAAUCACAGGGGCAGAGGAAUGAUGCCAAUGAAGAAGAAAGAGAUGAGACAAAUAAGGACAGACCAGCAGUCUCACUUGUUGAUAUCUAUAAUGACUUCCUUGUAAUGUAUGCCACAUUACCAGGUUACUAUGCUUGGCGCCGUCCAACAGGUUCAUGGUUUGUUCAGUCUCUGUGUACUGUCUUCGGGACGUACAGACCUAGAAUGUCUUUGAUACAAGCAUUGACUCGUGUGACUGGCAUGGUAACCACUUUGUAUGAAUCAGUAAACAAAAAAAAUCCACAUGAGUCUGGUAUGAAGCAGACUCCUGUUAUUCAAACAAGACUAUUAAAGGAUGUCUACUUCACAUAAAGAAGAAGUACUCAGCUUCAGUAGUCUUCAUGUAACAGGGUAAGCGCAGUGCUCUUCCCCCAAUCUUUCCGCAAGAACAAAUCACAACACUUUCGUAGGUUCUGGAUCGUUUUACUCCAACGCCAGUUGAUAGUGCUGGCUAUGGCGAAACUCUACACAACACACUCGUGCUCUCAGUGAAAUGUGCUCCCACCUGCGCUGUCUCCUCACGUUCUGACCACUCGCCUCUUCACCAGACCUUCAUGCUCCACCUCCCUCCAAACACACCCGCACACCUACACCCUGUCGCUAGUCGACCCCCUCUCGCUCUCCUUCGGUCACAGGGUUGUCACCCGGCCAGUAAUUACCUCCCAUCGCCAGCCUGUACCUGCCCUGUGUGCAUGUGUAUGCGUGCUAUGUUCCAUACUACUUUAUUCACAUAGAGGGGAACUGUUGCUGCCCAUAAGUACUUAGCUUCAGCAGUCUUCUCCAUUCAAGAUUGAAUUGUGUACCAGGAAAAGACGUUGAACUGUAAACCAACUGCAACUCUUUGGUCAGCAUCUUCCAGUCCUUUAAAAUAUUACUCACACUUCAUAUUAAGUCCUGUAUUAAUGGUGCUGUUUAAUGUGUUCUUAUUUUUAACACCACUUGCUCUAACUUCGUGUAUAAAACAUUUGCUGAUUUUAUGCCAUGGAAUUUUUUAUUUUAGAGGUGAAAAAAAAUUAGUUUGCAUGUCCAUGUCUUAUAGUAGUGUAAGCAUAAUAAACAUUAUUUUUUGUUUUGACAAGAGUUUUUUCUUAAUGGAAUAUUUUGCAUUUAAUUCAUUUAUGACAGGCAUAUUGAGAAGCCGAGAUCUGAUUGAUUGUAAAAUCUUUUAAAAAACUAAAUUUCUUGGAAAAUGUUCGUGCUUUCAUUGAGCUACUUCACUUUAUUGAUAUAAUAUGACUUGAACUAUUUUCUAUGGCUUUGUUGAAAAAGGUAACUGUCAAGACAUUUUGGUCUUUUUUUUUUUAUAAUACCUGUUUGUAUGUUCUGCAUUUUCCAUGACAGAAUUAUACCUGAAAAUUUAUCACAUAACUUUUUUUCAUCAGUAUAUACAUAAAACUCAAUGAGAUUUACACAUUCAAACUGUGCAGAUUUUAAAUGAUGUCUUUUAUGAUUCAUAAAACAUUUAUUUAAAAAAUAGACUGACUUGCAGUCAUGGAUGCAAUAUCAUCCAGGAGCAUUUGUGGUCUGCUGUGCGUCAGUUUCUUCUCUACAUUACCUUGAGGCAAUGAAGACAGAACUGUCUUGGAUGUCUGUAGCCACAAGCAAUUUCCACUUAACACCAGUUAACUUAACACAAGCUGACAAAAAAAAUAAAAUUCUCUUGAAAGAA